GAGGAGAAACCAGAAUUUGCUGGAAACAGUAUAAAAUCAAACCCAUAGAUACGCCACUGGAGAUCGACACUAAUAACUUCGCCUAUACGGGUAGUUGAGCUACAGCCCAGAGCUUUACUGUACCACGAGCUAUAAAUAGACUGGCUGGUAAGAAAGUUGUUCAAGUUGUAGUUGUAGCUUGUUUAAUAUAAAAGUACGUUACUGGUACUAGAUAUGAACGGAAAUGAUGUAUCACUUAUUAAAAUCGAACCAAAACAAGAAGAAGAAAUUCAUUCGGAUCUUGUAGGAAACAUUUUAGUGAACAACGAAGCAUUGGUUGCAAUAAAGGACGAAAUGACCAUUACUGCAGAGUGCUCCAAAUCGCUCGAUAAUGAAGGCGAUUGUGGUUGGAAUAUUAAAACUGAAAUAUACACGAAUGCCACUUCGGUCAAUACACAACGAAUAAACUGUGUAACAAAGAAGGAACAACAACUUCAACGUCAUAAGCGUAAUGUGCUACAUUGUUCUAGUUGUGAUUACCAGACAAAUAUCAAAUAUUGCUUUAAACAACACCUUUUAAAACAUACCCAUUCUAAAGUUUUUAAAUGUGCAACUUGUGAUUUCGAGACAAAUUACAAAUACUAUUUCAAACAACACCUUUUAAAACAUAAAGCUUCUAAAGAUUUUAAAUGUGGCAAUUGUGAUUACGAAACGAAUAACACAUACUGCUUUAAACAACAUGUUUUAAAACAUACCGAUUCUAAAGAUUUUAAAUGUGCUAUUUGUGAUUUCGAGACAAAUUACAAACCCAGCAUUAAACGACACCUUUUAAUACAUACCGAUUCUAAAGCUUUUAAAUGUGCUAAUUGCGAUUAUGAAACAAAUAACAAAUACUGCUUGACAAAACACCUUUUAAAACAUACCGAUUUUAAGGAUUUUAAAUGUGCUAUUUGCUAUUUCGAGACAAAUUACAAACCCAGCUUUAAACGACACCUUUUAAAACAUACCGAUUCUAAAGAUUUUAAAUGUGGUAAUUGUGAUUACAAAACAAAUAACAAAUACCACUUGAAACAACACCUUUUAAAACACACCCAUUCUAAAGUUUUUAAAUGUGCAACUUGUGAUUUCGAGACAAAUUACAAACACUAUUUCAAACAACACCUUUUAAAACAUAAAGCUUCUAAAGAUUUUAAAUGUGGCAAUUGUGAUUACGGAACAAAUAACAAAUACCACUUGAAACAACACCUUUUAAAACAUAUCAAUUCUAAAGUUUUUAAAUGUGCUAUUUGUGAUUUCGACACAAAUUACAAACCCAUUUUUAAACAACACCUUUUAAGACAUACCGCCUCUAAAGUUUUUAAAUGUGAUAUUUGUGAUUUCAAGACAAAUUACAAACCUAGCCUUACACAACACCUUUUAAAACAUACCGAUCCUAAAGUAUUUAAAUGUAAUCAUUGUGAUUUCGAGACAAGUAUCAAAUGCUACUUUAAACAACACCUCUUCAUACAUUCCAAUUCUAAAGAUUUUAAAUGUGUUAAAUGCAAUUUUGAGACACAUAACAAAACUUACUUUAAACAACACCUUUUAAAACAUACCGAUUCUAAAGAUUUAAAAUGUGGUAUGUGUAAUUACGAGACAUAUAACAAAAACCACUAUAAACGGCACCUUUUAAAACAUACCGAUUCUAUAGAUUUCAAAUGUGCUAAAUGUAAUUACGAGACAUAUAAGAAAAACAACUUUAAGCGGCACCUUUUAAAACAUACCACUUCUAAAUGUUUUAAAUGUUCUAAUUGUGAUUACAAGACAAGUAACAAAUUGUACUUAAAACGACACGUUUUAAAACAUUCAGUUUCUAAAGGAUAUAAAUGUGUUAGUUGUGAUUACGAGACUAGUAAUAAACGCUACUUUGAACAACACCUUUUAAAACAUAAAGUGUCGAAAGACUUUAAAUGUGCUAAUUGUGACUACCAGACUAGUAACAAGUACUAUUUUAAUCGACACCUUUUAAAACACACCGAUUUCAAAGAUUUGAAAUGUGCCAAUUGUGAUUAUGAGACAAAUAACAAACGCUACUUUAAACAACACGUUUCGAAACAUAAAGUUUCUAAAGAUUUUAAAUGUGCUCAUUGCAAUUAUGAGACACAUAAUAAAUUCUGCCUUAAACAACACCUUUUAAGGCACGCACAAUGCGUUAGGGACCAAAUUCCCAGUCAAGCUAAUUAAUUCUAGUUAUUUAAGUACAGAAAUCCAAACCAUUUCAGCUGGUAAUUAACAUUUAAUUAAUAGUUAUCACGUCAGUAAUGGUGUACCUUUGUUUUACCUUCAAAGGUUUCCAACUAACAACGUAUUUGAUUGUUUCAAGAUACCUUUGAAAUGGAGAAGAGGUGCGUUACCUGUAUAAUAUGGGAUCUAACAUAGCAUAAAAGUAACAUAUGUUCUCCAUUGUUAUCUCUUGCUCCAAGAUAAUUAAGUUUAAGUUUUUAGAAUUAAAAAUAAACAUUCGCUCUUGUGAAAACUGUAAUAAAGAUCUUCAAUAAAACCCUUCAGUUAC